CUUUUUCAGGUUAAUACUUGCACUGACUUUACUACAUGUGAGACUGCAACGAACGUGAGUAUCUGUUUGGUGCUUGCGCACGAAGCAACACUUACACUACUUCGACUUCGUACAAAAGCAAAACUGCUAAAUAAAGUUAAAACCCUCCAUCUUCAACUUCCUCAACAGCAUAAGACUAUAGUAAGUUGCAGCACCGUCAUCAUCUCUACCAGUACAACUGCAACAAUAUUAGCAGAGGCUGUGGCUGUGGUACAAGACCAACAACAACAACAGCAAGGAGCUACGUCUUCUACUACAAACGGGGACCGUCUUCAGAAAGGAGAAGGACUAGAACAAUAUAGCUGCAAAGGAGGGCAAAUAAGGAGCAACUU